AUGAAACACUGCCACCCGCCGACAGGACUGACGAUGGUCCGGCAAAUGGCAUACAAGCAGGCCCCAAAUUCCGACUGGCUUUUAGCGAGGAUUUCUCUUCUAACCACUGACGAACAGACGUUUAAGCGCAAGGCAAAGGUGGCAGUAGCGGCUUUUAACUUUCGGGCGGACGGGGGCUCACUUUGGCUUAGUCACGAACCAGUGGGCAACGCAAAAGCUUGCGUCAGUGGGGUGAUCGAAUGGAGGAACAACGAACGAGCGACGAUCGUGAAAACGAUAUGCGACAAGUUAUCGACGUGCUUCCUAGGGCUGUCUGAGGAGUGCAGAAAGGCGUUCAACCAUCACCGGGGUAUCGUCGAACGCUGCAGUUGCAACGAAGACUUGAAACUAGACGAUCUGAUCCCGGCUUUUGGCUACUGUAUUGACACAGCUCUCAACGAAAAGCAGAUCCCGGCCGUUUCGAACAUUUUAGAAAGAAUACACAGAAAGCUAUGCAAAAGAGUGGACUAUGUGCAGACUCUUUGUGCGUCAUAA